CCAAAACCAAUUAGAUAUUGCAUGCAAUAAGAAGUGAAAGUGAUAACAGAACAGAAUAAGCUCUUUCAAACCAAGUCAGCCAAACACAACAAAGAGAGUUACAGAAUCAUUUUUUUGCUUUUUCCAUGUCAGUAACCUUUAAAAUGGUAACUGUAUAUACAGUACACACUCACUCUGCACCCUCCACUGAAUUUCAGACAUAACAUCAGGUGUUUUUUUUUUCCUUCAUUUUUUCUCACAAAGAAAAAAAAAACCAAGUUAGUAUUAAAAUACUAAAACCAAUAAAAAAAUAAUUUCAGUUUAAUUAAUAUUAAUUCAUAAUUAUCUUCAUUUCAUUUACCAAUGCUAAUUAUUCAUUCAUGCAUUAACUUAUACAUUUCAGUUUCAUUGUCCUUUUUCUUUAUUUUUGAAAUUUUUUGUGGGGUUGCAUGAUGAGAGAAAUUUUGUCUGAAAGUGAGUGAGAAGAUACUUAACAAGAGAGAGAGAGAGAGAGAGUGGUGUAGUAGCUGUUUCAUACUUUGUAUGUCGUUUUGUGACUAAGGAUUGGGUCCACCGACCCGUAGGACUUACCCUCUCUAUCAAAAUAAUUUUUAAUUUUUUUUUUCAUUUUGUAAAAAAUAUUUAUGACAAGAGAGAGAGAUGAGAAAGUGAGGAAAAUCUGGAAAAACUUUUUGAAGAGGAAAAAAAAGGCAGAGAAUAUUAAUAAAGUUAGAAGCAAAAUAAAAUGUUAUGUGUAUAUGUGUUGAUGUAUAUGCAUGACACCAAAUCAUCAUUGAAAAUAUUAGCUCAAGUUUCUUCUCAUUUAAAUCUAAACCAUCCCAAGCAAAAAAAUUAUAUCAAAUAGUACUCCUCAACUGAAGAAGGGUUUAAUUUAUUUUUUUCUUCUUUUUUCAGCUUCUUCUAUAGCUUGUUAGCUAGCCCUAUCAACCCCAUCUAGUUUUUUUGUUUUUGUUUUUUUCUAUUGCUUUUGAGUUUUGUGAGAUUGAGAGGUUAUUGUGAAUUGAAGAGGAUUCAAUUUGCAUGUUGGAUUUUUCUGAAUUGUGAUUGUGUUGUAAGAAGGUUAAAAAAGUAGUGAAGGAAUUGAAUUACACUCACUCUACUAGUUGAAUUGAUAUAACAGAUAUGGCUGCAUCAUCUUCCUCAGCAUCACUGUUUGGAUUCAGAGACGAGGAUCCAAAUCCGAUGAAGCAACAACAUUCCUUGCCACCAUCUUCAUCUGCUGCUCCUGCUGUUGCUGCUGCACCAUCCCAGAAGAAAAAGAGAAACCAACCUGGAACACCAAAUCCAGAUGCAGAGGUGAUAGCACUAUCUCCCAAGACCCUAAUGGCAACAAACAGGUUUAUUUGUGAGGUAUGCAACAAAGGGUUCCAAAGAGAGCAAAACCUACAGCUACACAGAAGAGGACACAAUUUGCCUUGGAAGCUUAAGCAGAAGACUACAAAAGAGCCUAAGAGAAAGGUUUAUCUCUGUCCUGAGCCCACAUGUGUUCAUCAUGACCCUUCAAGAGCACUUGGUGACCUCACUGGCAUUAAGAAACAUUUCUCUCGCAAACAUGGUGAGAAGAAAUGGAAGUGUGAUAAGUGCUCCAAGAAAUAUGCUGUUCAAUCUGACUGGAAAGCUCAUUCCAAAACUUGUGGUACUAGGGAAUACAGAUGUGAUUGUGGCACUCUCUUCUCCAGGAGGGACAGUUUCAUCACUCAUAGAGCUUUCUGUGAUGCAUUGGCUCAAGAGGGUCCUAGACAGCCACCAAUUACCCUACCUGGUGCCAUUGGCUCUCACCUCUAUGGAACCACAAGCAACACCAUGGCUCUUAACUUAUCACAUGUUUCCCCACAAAUGCACCACCAACAAGACCACCACAGUAACUCAGCUACCGAUAUCCUGCGCCUGGGCGCCUCUGCUAAUCGAACGGGACAAUUCGACCACCACAACAUUCUCCAACCAACUUUCAGACCUAAUAAUUCUUUCUUCAGCAACAACAACAUUCAUGAUCCAAACCAAAACUAUGUUCCUGACCAAGGUUUAAUGAUGCAGCAGAAUAAUAACAGCAACAAUAACAAUCUCUUCAACAUACCGAAUUUCCUUUCGAGUAAUAACAACAGUGCUACUACAAACACUAACAGUGGCAACAACUCAUUCUCUGAACACUUGAAUGUGAACAACAAUGAAGGAACAAAUUUCUUCACUGGUUCAGGUGGAACAACCAGUGCUCCAUCAUCACUCUUUAGCAAUUUCCCUCAAGGAGGUGCAAAUAGUAACAUUAAUGCUGCUGCUGCUGCUACUUCUAUAGCUUCAAUGUCAGCAACUGCACUUCUUCAAAAAGCUGCUCAAAUGGGUGCAACUUCAAGCAAUGGAAAUGGAACUACCGCAACUUCGCUUCUGAAAAGCUUCGGAAACAAUACCGGUAGCAAUUCAGCUUCUUCUGGUGGUGGUGCUGAACAUAACAGACAACUAAUGAGCGGUGGAGGUGGUAGUGGGAACUAUGGUUUUGGUGGUGGGAAUGAACAGAGUAAUUUGCAUGAUUUGAUGAAUUCUUUUGCUGCUACUGGGAAUAGUUCAAUAUUUGAAACUGGAGGAGGGGGUGUAGGGCUUGGAAGUGGAGGUGGAGAUAGCAGGCAGAUGACUCGUGACUUUUUAGGUGUUGGUCAGAUUGUGAGAAGCAUGAGUGGUGCUGUUGGAGGACAAAGAGAACAUGCAGCUGCUUUUAACUUGCCAGGUUCUUUGGAAGGAGAUCAAAGAAACAUUAAUGCUGCAGCAGCAUUUGGAAGAGGAGGAGGUGGUGGUGGUGGUGGAGGAGCUGGAGGAAAUUUUCAGUGACCAUCAUCGUUCUACAAAAAGGGAUUUCAACAUGCUGCAUUCAAACAUGAUCUGAUUAAUGAUUUGGAGAGCACAUUGAAGCAUAUGUGGGAAUUCCUGAAUUUUAUUGAAGCUUCUUCAAACUCCUUCAAACCCCCCUUCCCCCCAAAAAAUUUUAAAAUAAUUCUGAUACAUAUUAACUUCAAGAUUUUCAUGGUUUAUUUUUUUAUGGUUUAAUUUUAUAGAUUUUGAUAUUGGAUAAUUGAUAUUUAUCAUAUAUAUCGACUAUAUACCGGUUAUGAACCUA